GAGGGGGGGCGGUAUAGAGGGUGGAGGCGCGUGGUUGGGUCUUGGCACACAGAGAGAGGAGCACGGACACCGGGAGAUUGACGGCCGCGUUAUUUGCGCAGGGGACGUCCGUCUGUCUCUCCCUGGCUCUCUGGCUCUCCCUGGCUCUCCCUGGCUCUCCCUGGCUCUCUCUGGCUCUAUUUGGCUCUCCCUGGCUCUCUGGCUCUAUCUGGCUCUCUCUGGCUCUAUCUGGCUCUGUCUGGAUCUCUGUCUUUCCCUGGUUCUCUCUGGCUCUAUCUGGCUCUCUGUCUGUAUCGAUCUGGCUCUCUGGCUCUAUCUGACUCUCUCUAUCUGGCUCUCGCUCUCUGACACUAUCUGACUGUCUCUGGCUCUCUGACACUAUCUGACUCUCUCUCUCUGGCUCUCUCUCUCGCUCUGGCUCUUUCUGUCUCUCUGUCUCUAUUUGGCUCUCUCUGGCUCUCUCUGGCUCUCUCUGUGUCGCUUCGGCCCUCUACGGUUCCCCACGCGGCACCGCUCCACCGCCGCUGUCGCAGCCGACGAGGAGUGUGAGGACGAGGAGGUGGAAGAGAGGAGGGGGCGAGUGGGAGGAGAGAGACAGCGGAGUCGGCCGAGCAAGAGGGCAGAACAGGAGGCGGAGAAGCGAGUGAGGAGUAGGGGGUGGAAGGGGUUUAGAUGAGUGAGUGAAAGAGGACGUCGGAGGGGGGGACGAAACGAGGAGGAGGGGGAGAGGAGGUGGAGGCGAUCACUGCGAUCGGGAUGAUGAGCGAUUGAGCCACUGUUCCAAACGGGGCCCAGAUCCGCAUCGUCGCGAUUUUGAAUCCGCCUCCCGGCAACUCCCUCGUGAGUCGCGACCGACCUCGUCACGACGAGGGCGAUGGACGACACCGAUGACGAGGUGCGAGACCUGACGGCCAGGUCCUUCCGGAGUCUCUCGUUCCCCUACGAGGCGCUCGAAGACAGCGGCUCCCUCAAGGACAGCACGCCCGCGCCGAGCAGGAACCACGACAACAACGACCGCCACGACAACAACAACCACAACAACCACCACGACCACAACAACCACCACGACAACAACAACAACAACCACGACAACAACCAACGCAGCAACUGCAACGAGCACGGCAAAGACGACGGUAAGCUCAACGAUCGUAAAGACGACGACGACGACGAGUGGAUACUCAACCGCUGGCCCACGUACGUGGACCUGGGUAGGACGAGCCGCGAAGUCCGACGUUCCACCGCCAAUGGGGAGCAGGGGGAGGUGGGGGCAGGGGUGGGGGCUGCGGGGUGUCAGGGCACGGCUAAAGGUGCUUUGAGUGUCGCGGUGCAGCAGCAGCAGCAGGAGGAGGAGGCAGGAGCAGCGCCGAGAGUCGCUAUUCCCAUGACGCCAGGCGGCGAGGCUAUAACGAGGGUGUCGGCAUCGCGCGCGACACUCACCCAGCGCGCCGCGGCAAUGAGCAGCGCGCCCAAGAGGGACGCGGUGCUGGAGACGCUGCUGCUGCAGCAGCUGCAGCAGCACCACCACAAGCACCAGCAGAAGCAGCAGCAGCUGCUGCAACAGCAACAGCAGCAACAGCAGCAACAGCAACAACAGCAUGAACAACAGCAACAACAACAGCAGCAGCAACAACAUCAACAGCAGCAGAAGCAGCAGCUGCAACAGCAACAACAGCAACAACAACAUCAUGAACAACAGCAACAACAUCAUGAACAACAGCAACAUCAGCAACAACAUCAACAGCAGCAGCAGCAGCAACAACAUCAGCAGCAGCACGCAAUCACAUUUGGCACUGAGCGCAAAGUGACUUCAUAUAUGUCGGGCAUGCACGUGGAGGAGAGCGGAGAGGCCUGCUACUUGAAGCAGCUGUCACAUCGGCAGCAACAUCAGCAGAUCUACCAUCAUCAUGAGCAGCAGCAGCAACAUAAUUAUCAUCACCAGCAGCAGCAGCAGUAUCAGCAGCAGCAGCAGCACAUCUGGCGGCAGACUGAAGGUCAAGUCGAGUUGUCCACCCAGGGGAUGUCCGGGCACGCCAAGCAGGCGUCGAGCAUCCUCAAGAGCGUAAUCUCCAAGAAGAUGCAGCUGGAGCAGGAGCUGAAGAUGGAGCGCGGGGAGGUGGUGGACACGAGCGUGACGAGCGAGUGCGGCGACCCGCGGGGCCGAGACGAAGCCGCCGCCGCCGCCGCCGGGAGCGCAGAGAGACACGGGCAGGGCCAGACGCGCGUGUCCGUCCACCCCGACGUGGCGCGGGGUGGCGACGGCGUCGACAAGCGGCAGAAGUCGGUGUCGCAGAAGAUUUUCCUGCACAGCGAGAACAGCGCCUUCACGUCGUGGGGACAGCGGCGGCACGAGGCGGCCGCCGAUCUGUGCGGCGCGGCGCGACGCGACUCCAGGCGGCAGACGAUCCGGCUCGACUUCCCGCACGGAGGGGCCAGAAUUGUCCAGGACGACGACGACGAGAAGAAGAAGAUGAUGAUGCUGAAGAUGAAGAUGAUGAAGCUGCCGCAGACGGAGCAUGCGAAGCGCGGUUACAGCAGCAGCCUCUCGACCUCCGAAGGAGCCCGCAACGAGCCGAACGAUGACGAUGGUGCCGACGCCGACGACGACAGCUCGUGCUACCUCGCCGUCUCGGCCCCUGCCCACGCGCCGAACUCCUCCUCCUCCUCCGCCGUGGUGAUGGUGAUGGAUGGAGACGGGAGGGAGAUGAAGACGAAGCGCAAGACGCAGGGCCUCGCGCAAGACGCCGCUACGGGCGUCUUCAGGAGCCAGGACGCCAACCUGCUGCUCAAGGUGGGCGACGCGACGAGGAGCGCCCUCGUGUCGCGCUCUCCCGAGAUCAAGAUCAGCAUCCGCAAGCGCGGCGGGGACACCGGCGCGAACCCGUUCAGCAUCGCCCAGCUCCUCACGCCCAACAUCCCCGGCGGUGGCAUCGACGAUGGCCAUCGACACCAUCACCACCACCACCCGACUACCCACGUCGCCUCCAGCGCGGCGUCCGCCGCCAAGCCCACGCCGAGUUUCACCCUCCCGGCGAUUUUCAAAAUCGAGCCCGUGGACGUGGCGCCAUCUCCGGCGAGGCUGGAGGAGAAGGUGAAAGGUCAGGCGCCCAUCCACCACGUGCGUGACGUGCGCAAGCUGGUCAAGAGCUCCUACCCCGUGGGGUCGCGCGAGGACCACACCGACUCCAGGUCCACCACCUCGGACCACAGCUCCGGGGGGGCGACGGCGGCGGUGGCCGCGGAGGUCAGAGGUCAUUCGCGAGGGUGCGAUGUCGCGGCCACCAACGUCACCACCUCGUCCUCGUCGUCUUCACGCGGCCUCAAAGCUGUGGCGCCGCUCGUCAUCAACUACAAGUCCAUCACGCGGCAGGAGCGCGGUGACGACAGCAACGGGGACGCCGCGAAGGAGCGCGCCGCGGACGCGCGGUUCGGAGCCGUGACGACGACGACGGUGACGAUGAUGGGCGGCGCCCCUCUGGAGGGCCCCGGCGGGCGAGGAGGCGCGGAGGAGAAGGGCGCUCAGCAGCGCUUCGGUCUCAAGGUGGGAGCGGCCGACGAGCUGGCGGGCAGAGGCGGGCCCGCCAAGCCGUCGAGCCAGCUCGCCGUGGAGAAGCUGGAGGCGGCGGUGCGCUCCAUGGAGGACCUCUACGUGUACGAGAACCACGAGUGGCGGCGGCGUCACGGGGCCGAGGCGCCGGUGCCCGAGAGCCACGUGCUGUCGCUCAUCGCCUGCAUGGAGAAGGGCGAGAAGGAGAAACAAGCGCACGCGGACGGGGCCGCGAGGGUCGUCCGAGUGCAGCAGCAGCAGCACCAGCAGCAGCACCAGCAGCAGCAGCAUCAACAACAGCAUCAACAACAGCACCAACAGCAGCAGCAGUGCGCGGCGCCGCUCGCCGCUGCCUCCGCGCCGCCUCCAUCGCCCCGCCACGUGGCGCUCGGCCCCUCCGCGUGGUCGGCUCAAAAGGUCGCGCACAAAUUGCCGCAGAUCUUUGGCACGACGCAGACCGUGGCGGCCGCCGUCUCCAAGCGGCAGGAGCAGCAGCAGCAGCAGGGGAUGGUGAUACGGUCCGUGAGGCCCCCGUGUUCCGCACGUGCGGAUGAAGCCGGUGCCACUGCGUUCGCCAAGCAGCAGCAGCAGGAGGAGCAGCAGCAGCAGCAGGAGGAGGAGCGGGAGAGGUCAUCCAAGGCGGCUGCUGAAGUGGGCCACUACCUCACCAUCCCCGUCAAGGCGAGCGCCCGAGACGGGAGUGGGGACCGCGUCUCAGGCAAGGAGCCGCAAGCUCUGCUCGAUCUGCCUCCCACGGUGCCACCCAGGACUCACAGGGAGGCCAGCAGCCAGCAGCACGCGGCGCAAGUGGACGGCAAAUCGCAGCAGCAGCAGCAGCAUCAACAGCAGCAGCACAGACACACGCACAGAGCGGUGAAUCUGGACGAAAGAGGAAAGCGUCCCGAGGUCGGCAGCGGAAGAACGAGCGCCGCGAGCAUCUCGAACAUCCACGGCUCGAGCAGCGCCACCGCGAGCAGCGGCCACUUCGCCAAAAUCCACACGACGUCCGCUCAGCAAAAGUGUCCUCCAUCCCCCCUGAUCCUGCAACCCGUGCACCCGGCGCUCGCCUUCUCGGCGGCCUCCGAGCGUGACGAGAGGCGGCUCCCCCCGCCGCCGCCGCUGCUGCGCGCCAUCGCCGGCUCCGUGAGCCCCGUGUCGCUGACGGCGUCGCGACGCCGUCUGCUCGUCGACCCCGAGUCGGGCCAGUGCUACGUCGUGGACGCGCCGCCGCCGCCCGCGCAGCCGCAGCGCAAGACGCUGCUGGACGUGGAGACGCAGCAGUACGUGGAGGUGUCCGUGAGCCCGCAGGCAGGCGGAGGAGCGGGAGGCACCACGGGCGGCGUCUACUCCGUGGCCAUGCCGCCCGCGCAGUUUCUGUUCACGGCGACGACGCCCGGCGCCUUGGGGUCACACUUCGUGAUGUUUCCCGGCGUCCUGUCCACGCACAUCCAGGCCUUGCCCGCCGGCUAUGAGUACCAACAGCAGUUGCAGCAGCAGUUGCAGUAUCAGCAGUUGCAGUAUCAUCAUCAGCAGCAGCGGCAGUACUUUCAGCACCAGGGAUCGAUCGGCCUCGUUGAGGAACCUCAGAGCUCGCAGGGAAAAUGCUUCUUCCAGAGCGGCAAGGAGGAGUCUAGUCCAGCAGUGGAUCGGCCCUACUUCCUGCCGUCGGGAAAGGUGCUCGGCCCGGGGAACCAGGGCGUCUUCGCAGUCCCGGGGGGGUCCGGGGGCGACCUGGAGCUGCUCAAGGGGCCGGCAGCGGUCUCCUUCUGCUCGGCCGCGCAGGCGCAAGGCCCUCGCAUCGUGGCGCCGCCUUCAUUCGACGGCACCACGAUGAGCUUCGUGGUGGAGCACAGGUGAAGAAGAGGGGAGCGGCGGCGUCACGUGGAGAGCCGGCGACCUCUGACCCCGGCCGGGGGCCGCCCUGCUGCUGGCGGCAGGGCCCACGGCCUCAACGACGCAGACGCGAAACGCCGUCGCGAAGGUCCGGAUGGGAUUCGCGUCCCUCUCCCUCGCCUAGGGGGGGGGGGGGGGGGGGGCUGGAAUCCACGGCCCAUGGGCCAGACGCGGUCCGCUACUUCUUUUCGUGAGGCCUACUGCUCCGAAACAACAUUCAUCGGUCACCGCAAGCCGCGCUGAUCGGGCACUAGACGGGGACAUUCGCGACCUGGCAACGAGCGCGCGUGACUCGCCACGAGUUCCGCUGCCGUCACUGCGAGGGCCUCCCGGGGCGGCGAGAAGCGACCGAGCCGCGCGCGACGCCAACGGGUCGCUCGCUCGCCACGGCCACCGCACGUGGAAGGUUCCCCACCAUUGCCCCCCGCCUCCCUUAACACGGUACCCGGACGCUGGCGUGUCCCGUGACCCAUGGCCAACAUCGACAUGGAGGCGUCAUCGUGGCCAUAGCCGCUGAUGCCACCACCACCGCCGCCGCACCUCCUCGCUGCCGACUCGCUCUCCCUGCCUCUCCCCUUCCCCGGAUCCCACAGCUGGAGCCACGCAGCCACCACCGCGAUUCUGCCCCCGCGAGGGACGUAGGGGGAGGGGGCUGGGGGGCACAGAACGACAAUGGAAUGUUCUGCACCGCCCUCUCCGACCCACGAUGCCUAUCACACCUGUUAUGCGCGGUGGUCGCCCUGCCAAGCCCUAUCCAAAGCUUAGCCCCGCUUAGUCUCAUUAACCCCCACACACACUUUGCGCAAGAGCGCAGAAGCGUGGCCACCACAUCUACGCCUCUAUUUAAGGAAUGAAACACGCUGGCUGUCGCACGAUGAAGCUGGUUGCAAUUACUGGCGAAACGUCGUACUCAGAUUGUAAAUGUUGUGGCUUGGCUCUCCAACACACCGGUGUGCUGUACUAGUAUAUUACACUACACUACUAUACACUACACUAUACACUACUAUACACUACACUAUACACUACUAUACACUACACUAUACACUACACUAUACAUUACUAUACACUACUAUACACUACAGUAUACACUACACGCUAGUGCUGUACUAGUGACGAAUUAGCCACGUUCUGUUGACGUGACAACCCUUACUAGUUGGCUGUGUUGGGUGGUGGCGGGUUUAACGACACAUUUAUACAUUUACGCAAUCUAACCCAACAAAACCUCUAUUGUGGAUGCUAUUGCUCGCGAAAGCCUCCUCCUACUCCCUGUUCAACUUAGUUCCCCAGGUCUGUUGGGAUUGGGCGCGUGCUGGGUGAUGCAGCUGCUUUGCGCGAGUCCACGCGGCGCGGACAGUCGCCUCGCGAGCCGAGUGAGUCAACUGGAGGCCCCGCCGAGGCGCCCUCGGCUCACGAGGCUCGCGACGCGCGCCACGAGCCGAGCCGAGCUGAGCGUGAGAGUCGAUUGUCCGCGACGCGCGCCGGAACGAGACGACGAUCACCCAUCUGGCGUCGCAACUCAACAUUUGCCACGUGGUAGUUUCAUUUUUGUUAAAUAUUAUAAUUUGUUAACGUGACAAAAAUGGGCGUCGUUCAUUUUCAGAGCUCGAACGUCAACCAAAUUGAUGAACAAAACGAGGUCGUGGUGGUCGUGGUGGUUUUCUGUGCAGCAAACUGCUGCCAGAGCUGAGACCAUCAACCUCGCUCGACUCGAGAAUCCCCGUUUUUCAUCGCCGUGGCUCCGACGGGGGUGCGAACCCAGGUGGCUUGGGUGUUGGGUGUUGGGGGCGGUGCCGGCUCGCAAGCCACGGGCCCUGGGAGCGGACGCGGAGUCGUCGCCGCUCCCUGGGGCCGAGCGGACCGCGUCUGGCGAGGAACGCUUCUCCCGAGGCGGCGCGCGGAGCGGUGGCGCGGACGACCCGUGCCGGGGCUGUGACACGCGCGCGCGCGCUGGUGUGUGUGUGUGUGGUGCUUUUGCCGUGGCUGCCAUGGUAAGGGUGAGGAUGAUGCUUUCACGUGGGUUUUCUUUGCGAUGUGAUUUCCCCCCCCCCCCCCCUCGUUGUUGUGCGAGUUGACUGAAAUUUCGCUGCGCGUAGAUCCCCACCUCGCUGUGCCCUUGGAGACUCCAUGGGGCGAGUGCUGUUAGCGAGCGCCUAUUGAUGGUGGCGGUGUGACCUGGACCACAUCUUGCCAACUUCGUUGUUUCCACCCAGUGCUAAAGUUGCACACAAAGCACCGGGUGCCUAUCUUAGGCUGAGCACGUUCAAAUAUAAUGUGUUGCUUUUGGUUGGGAAUUGAACUCAGUCGACCGGGAUUGCUAAAGACUAUGCCAUUGUGCCACGCACACAUACGCAUACUCACAGACACAACAACCGCCAUUCGCCACGAAUUGGCGGUAACGUCACCACGGCGCUUGUGCCAGGCGAGAUGCACAGUUAAGGCUACGUGAAGUGUCGAACGCUCGCUGGUAGGUCACGGGGCAGACCCAGGUGCCACGGGUCGACUGACAGACACACGCAUUCACACACACACACAGCCUCGAUGACUCACAAUGACGCAUGCAGAGACCAACACCGUAGCCAGAUACCUUCGUCUGUCCACUGCUGUUGUUCACACACAGAGCACUGGGGACGCAUUUAAGGCUAAGUCGAUGAGGGGGAGGCCCAGGAACGAUUGAGAAAGUCGACAUUGAUGUUGACCGUGGACGCCAAUCGAACUUGGGCCACCGGGUCCGUAGCGCGGUGCGCUAACCACGAGGCCACCGCUCCUCGCACGUGCACCAAGGCUCGCCCUUACACACACGACGGGCACGAUCACUGAACCCUCCAAAAAUGUCCUCUCAGGCAAACACUUCAGAGCAAGUCGCCGUUGAGUACGUUUGGUGUUGGCGCUGUCGUUCUCACACACACAGCCAGCGGUAGUUUCGCAGUCGGGGGGGGGGGGGGCAGUGCCGGAUUAAGCUAGUGCGGGGCCUGUAGCAAAUGUCAUAAAGGGGCCCUGAAUAAGCUAAAAUCUAUAAAUGUUAAACCACAAAUGUUUAACUUGCAAAGUAAUUGUAUUUUUUCACUUGCUAUACAGCCAGACAAUACGACAAACCACUAACCUUAAACUCCCAGUCGUUCAUAAAAGUUGAAGGCGGUAUAGUACUAUAGUAAUAGAGCAAGUGCAGAAUCACUGAACCUGGAAUUGAUAGCUUGAAAGCAUUUAGCGCGGGGCCCUUUGAAAGUGCGGGGCCCGUAGCAUAUGUAGCUACUUGUGCUACUGGGAUAAUCCGGCACUGAGAGGAGGGGGGGCAGUGCUACUGUGCGUUUCCCAAUCGAGCAAUUCGCGGGCACAUUUUUAUAAAUUUGGAAGGUUUGGACCGUGACGUCGGCACACGAUUCGCCUACUCGUCAUCGAAUGACGUCAGGCGGAUCUUUAACAAGCGCUGCGAUGCAGAUGGCCCGUUCGUUCGUUUUUUAAAAUUUGAGGUUAAUAAACCCGCGGCGUUAACCAGGACGGCCCGUCGGGGUCGAACCGCUCGGCUGCGUGGGUGCGCGGCUUGCGACGUGCGAGGGAGUUAUUCUGAGCGCCGGGCAGCGGGACCGGCCAGCCACGGCGAGUGUCACACUCGGAGCGCCGUGACUACGAGUGAGCUCAUACAGCAGCAGCAGCAGACAUGCGGCAUUCGCUUGACGCGAGUGGCACUUUAAAUAAACAGCCGCGUGUGUCGUGGAACGAGCGCCCUAAAUACUUGCCGGUUAAACAAUGAAAUAGCGCGGUGCCUCACUCAAGCCGAUUGCGUACAGUGAGCCCUGCGGAGGCGAGCGUGUUGUUGUUGUUGUUUGUUGUGCACCGUGUGCCUGUGUUCGAGCACACCGCGCAAAGGGGUUGCGAUUUGUCCACAUUCGCCGGAGGUCGUAGGCUCGGACUGUGAUUCCUCUACUAAAGCGAAUGGGGGCCGCGUUACCGAACAGACGAUAUUGAGAGUGAAUUGACGUCACGUUAACAAGUCUCUAUGAAAGCGAAUGGACGAGCGGAUCUCUAUGGAAGUAAAGUUCAAUUACAUUUUUUUUAGAUCUGCAUGAAGGUGAUUGGACGUGGAAGAGUGGCAGUCACUUGGAUUUACAGAUCUCCAUUUGUGAGUGAGUGAACUCGUCACCCCAGGUCUCUGUGAGAGCGAUCAUCGGUCACGUGAAUCAUCAGCACUCCCUGACAGCCGAGCGGUGACACGGCCCACGGGUAGCGUGUUCGCAGCUUGUGGCAGAAGUUCGUGGUUCGGACCGGCAGGCCGCCCUGGUUAACGCCGAUGUUGUAUUAACCCUCAAAAUGCUACGCGCCGUCUGCUUUGUUGUGGAUCUUCUAGAUCCCGUGAAGUGACACCAACAUGGAUAAGCCGCUGCCCGCCGACGAGAUUGACCAAAAAAUACCCGCAAAUAACUCGAGUGGGAUUACGCACCGCGACCUCGACCCCGACUGUGACGCUACUGCCGGCUGUCCGUGAAACGCAGCAGCGCCCUGCUCCGUAGUGGCCCUGCGCGAAAGAAACAAAUAAAGUUCAUUUGCGAGAAGUCUGUCACGGCAACGGCAUCUCCUCCAGCAGCAUCGCUGAGCCAGGAGAGAGUCGUGGAGUCGCUGAGCCAGGAGAGAGUCGGGGAGUCGCUGAGCCAGCAGAGAGUCGUGGAGUCGCUGAGACAGGAGAGAGUCGUGGAGUCGCUGAGCCAGGAGAGAGUCGUGGAGUCGCUGAGCCAGGAGAGAGUCGGGGAGUCGCUGAGCCAGCAGAGAGUCGUGGAGUCGCUGAGCCAGGAGAGAGUCGUGGAGUCGCUGAGCCAGGAGAGAGUCGUGGAGUCGCUGAGCCAGGAGGGAGUCGUGGAGUCGCUGAGCCAGGAGAGAGUCGUGGAGUCGCUGAGCCAGGAGAGAGUCGGGGAGUCGCUGAGCCAGGAGAGAGUCGUGGAGUCGCUGAGCCAGGAGAGAGUCGUGGAGUCGCUGAGCCAGGAGAGAGUCGUGGAGUCGCUGAGCCAGGAGGGAGUCGGGGAGUCGCUGAGCCAGGAGAGAGUCGUGGAGUCGCUGAGCCAGGAGGGAGUCGGGGAGCCUCGCAGGAGGCUCUGGGAUGGGGCAGCAGUGAGUGGCUUCCGCUGAUGGUUCCAUUAACCGACGUUCGCUCUUAUCGAGACUCGGGGUGACGACGACGAGUUCACUCACUCGCAGUGGGGACCUGGGAAUCCAAGUGACCGUCAACCUUCAUUCGCUUUCAGAGAAACCUGUGAGCUCAAGCGCCACCUGGCGACGUUCAGAGAUCGGUUGAAGCGACCUCCAUGCGUUUGGUCAUCACUCGGGGUUUUGGUAAAAGCUUUCACGAUCGGUUAUCCGUGACAAAUGUCAGACGCUGGCAACCGGUCACAGAGCAAAGCGUGUCACUGAUGGGCCGCAUUGGCACAAACCGCACGGCGGCCUACGUCACCGCGUGGUUCAUUUGCUCUCGAUUCUCAGUUACCCAGGCGAAUUGCGCGGCCCUGCAAUCGCUCGCUCACGCCGCUGCUGGCGGAAGGCGCCUCCACUAUCGGUCGCUCUCGAGGCUCCUGGCCUCUUCUUCCACGCUGGAGGCGCUGGGCUCACUCGCACAUUUUGCUUUCCUGUCGACCGGCCCAGGGUCGCUCGCAACCAACCCACACCGCGGCAGCUGCCCUUCACGUCGCAGUCAACGCGUUCAUUGCUCCGAAACAUUUUAUUUUACGUGCGGCGAACCGAUAACCGGCUCGCACCGGUUUUUCACUGCGGUGACCAGUAAUGCAAAACGACCGUGUUCCAACGACCCCAGCCCGUUAGUUAUCGCAAAGGUCAAACGCAGGACGAGGAUGGGGGUCACGGCGCCACGUGUGGUCUGAACCCAUGCUGCCCUUGGUGUCCGUGGCGCCGAGCUGAGCGGUGAGGAGAGAGGAGCGGUGGGUGAGGAAGGUGGGUGAGGAAUGUGGGUGAGGAAUGUGGCAGGUGGUGGGGGCAUGUGUAGGACGGGGCCCCGACUCGUGACGGGCAGGGUGAGUCAGAGGGUGAGUGAGAGGGGGAGUCAGAGGGUGAGUGAGAGGGGGAGUGGCCGACAACCGAGAAUGGAAGCGCCGGGGAACUUUGGGGGGGAGAGGGAGGGGGGGUCCUUUGAGUUGAUGUGCGGUCACCUUGUGAGAGAGUGAGUGGGUGUGUGUGAGAGUGCGUGAGUGUGUGAGAGUGGGUGAGUGAGUGUACCUGUGUGUGAGUGGGUGAGUGUGUGGGGAGCGGUGGUGUAGCGGUUAGCGUGCUGCGAUACAAACCCGGCGAGCCGAGUUCGAUUCCCGCUCACGGCCAACACCAGUGACGAUUAUCUGAACCGGUCCCGGGCCUCCCCUAGGUCGACUCAGCCUAAAAUGAGUACCUGGUGCGGUGUAUAAACAUCGCCACCAGGGAGACAAAGGCGGUCGGGCGUGGUGCUGGCCACCCAUCCCCUUGUGUAUUGUUCCGGCCUUCAUAGGUGCUCGCUAACAGCACUUGUCCCUAUAGUCUGUUAAGGCUAUAUGGGGGAUCUUUGUCUUGUCUUGUGUGUGAGUGGGCGAGUGCGUGUGAGAAUGUGUGAGUGGCGUGAGAAUGGGUGGCUGAGUGUGUGGAGCGUGUGAGACUGAGUGGGUGAGUGAGUGAGCGAGUGUGAGAAUGAGUGGGUGGGUGAGUGAGUGUGAGACUGAGUGGGUGAGUGAGUGAGCGAGUGUGAGAAUGAGUGGGUGAGUCUGCGUGUACUCGUGAAACACCCAAACACAGAGCCAUUGUGACCGUCACUGCUCGCCCAUUGUACUGUGGAUUGUCGCGCGUGACGCCGACUAGUGGGAUCGGCUCGUCAGCCAAACCAAACUACCAACAAUCGUUGUGGAACAUGUAUCAAUAGCGAUCGAUGGCCACACAAUGCCUGCGCAUAGCCGUCACUGCACGUGGCAACACAUUUGUGUGUUUACGCAUCCCAAGAGCCUCGCGACCCGUGCUCAGCCAAUGCCGCCUCGCGUACUCGCGGAAGCAGCGCCGCGGGGACUGAUGGUGGGACGUCGUCACGACACCGAACUUUGUGUGUUUGUUCAUCUUUCUUCUUUGAUGCGGAGGGGCGCUCGGGUGCAGUGAGUCGUCGUGCACAAUGUCGCGGGCCGCCGUGUAACCCCCACGGACGGAUCUCACUGCCAGGGUGCCAGGGUGCUCGUGACGAGCGCUUUGCCGGAGGACGCUAUCACCACCGUGAUAGUCGCCUGGUGUUUGGGGGAGAGGAGGGGGGGAGGGCUUCUCUGUUCGUGGGAUCCGGCGGCUUGCAGCGGAUGCGUCGACUCGCGAGUCGAGCUGCUGCUGCUCUUCCUCUGGAGGCGCACGCGCGUCCCGACCUCGCCACGUGGCCGAGCUGCGGGGUGUGCAGGCGGUGCAGCUGCACGGGGGGUGGGGGUCACGGGCCGGUGCUGCUGGGGGGAUGGUGGGGGGGGGGGUCAGGCAACGAGGCUACGAAGUGGGGGGCGGGGAUGGGGAAUUGGAGUCCGCCUCGGAGCGCCGCUGGGUGACGUCACCGGAGUGCUCCUAAGAGUCGCGGUGACGUCACCAGAGUGCUCUUGAUGAUGGUGACGAUGUGUCGUCAUGGUGAUAGUGACGAUGUGUCGUGAUGGUGUUAGUGACGAUGUGUCGUCAUGGUGACGGUGACGAUGUGUCGUCAUGGUGAUGGUGACGAUGUGUCGUGAUGGUGACGAUGUGUCGUCAUGGUGAUAGUGAGGAUGUGUCGUCAUGGUGACGACGUUGUGAGUGUGUUCAAGGUUUUGCUAAUUAUUUAAUUAAACGCACGUGCGUGCAUCCACGUGGCCGUGUCUUGCAACCGUCCGUGGGUCACAACGGGUGACGUCCAA